CUCGGAUCGAUCCAAAAACCCGAGGGAUCGCUUUCCGGUUGCCUUGCUGCCGCUCGAGAUUUGUUGUCCGAUCGAAGGUUUUCGGUUGGAUCAGGUGUUUGCCUCCGCUUUUGGUCUUCACCCGCGAAGAUGGCCUACGGCGAUCGCCUCACGACGUUCGAGGAUUCGGAGAAGGAGAGCGAGUACGGAUACGUCCGUAAGGUUUCUGGACCCGUUGUUGUGGCCGAUGGAAUGGGAGGUGCUGCUAUGUAUGAACUGGUUCGUGUUGGUCAUGAUAAUCUUAUUGGUGAAAUUAUCCGUUUGGAGGGUGAUUCAGCUACCAUUCAGGUCUAUGAAGAAACUGCUGGUUUGAUGGUCAAUGAUCCUGUUUUGCGAACUCGAAAGCCUCUCUCAGUGGAACUAGGACCUGGAAUUUUGGGCAACAUUUUUGAUGGCAUUCAGCGUCCUCUGAAAACUAUUGCCAUCAAGUCUGGUGAUGUCUAUAUACCUCGUGGUGUUUCUGUUCCUGCACUGGACAAAGAUAUAUUGUGGGAAUUUGAUCCUAAGAAGUUAGCUGUAGGAGAUCUUCUUACUGGUGGAGAUCUAUUUGCAACUGUCUUCGAGAACACAUUGAUGCAGCAUCAUGUUGCUAUUCCUCCAGGUUCCAUGGGAAAAAUUAGUUACAUUGCCCCUGCUGGUCAAUACAAUCUGAAGGAUACAGUACUUGAGCUGGAGUUUCAAGGUGUUAAAAAGCAGAUCACUAUGCUCCAGACAUGGCCAGUGCGUACACCAAGGCCUGUUGCAGCAAAAGUUGCAGCUGAUACACCACUCUUAACUGGGCAGCGUGUACUUGAUGCUCUCUUCCCUUCGGUUCUUGGAGGCACUUGUGCGAUACCUGGAGCUUUUGGUUGUGGAAAAACAGUUAUCAGUCAGGCACUCUCAAAGUACUCUAAUUCUGACACAGUGGUUUAUGUGGGAUGUGGAGAGAGAGGAAAUGAAAUGGCUGAGGUUCUAAUGGAUUUCCCACAACUAACAAUGACAUUGCCGGAUGGUCGUGAAGAAUCUGUGAUGAAGAGGACAACACUUGUAGCAAACACUUCCAAUAUGCCGGUGGCUGCUCGUGAGGCCUCCAUAUAUACAGGCAUCACUAUAGCUGAAUAUUUCCGAGAUAUGGGCUACAAUGUUAGCAUGAUGGCUGAUUCCACCUCUCGCUGGGCAGAGGCCUUGCGUGAAAUCUCUGGGCGUCUGGCUGAAAUGCCAGCAGAUAGUGGUUAUCCUGCAUAUCUGGCAGCACGUCUAGCAUCUUUCUAUGAGCGAGCUGGUAAAGUGAAAUGUCUUGGUGCGCCAGACCGAUCAGGUAGUGUCACAAUCGUUGGCGCUGUUUCUCCUCCAGGUGGUGAUUUUUCAGAUCCAGUUACUUCUGCAACCCUUGGUAUUGUUCAGGUCUUCUGGGGACUGGAUAAGAAGCUUGCUCAAAGGAAGCAUUUCCCAUCAGUUAAUUGGCUUAUAUCUUAUUCCAAGUACUCAAAGGCUUUGGAAUCUUUCUAUGAGAAAUUUGAUCCAGAUUUUAUUGACAUAAGAACUAAAGCUCGUGAAGUAUUACAGAGAGAAGAUGACCUAAACGAAAUUGUGCAGCUUGUUGGUAAAGAUGCAUUGGCUGAAACAGACAAAAUUACCCUGGAGACAGCAAAGCUUCUGAGAGAAGAUUAUCUUGCGCAGAAUGCUUUUACUCCAUAUGAUAAAUUCUGCCCAUUUUACAAAUCAGUUUGGAUGAUGCGUAACAUCAUCCAUUUCAAUACAUUGGCCAAUCAGGCUGUAGAGAGAGGAGCAGGUCCUGAUGGCCAGAAGAUAACAUACAGUGUCAUUAAGCAUCGCUUGGGGCAACUCUUCUACCGACUAGUGUCCCAGAAAUUUGAAGAUCCUGCAGAAGGUGAGGAAGCUCUUAUCGCAAAAUUCCAGAAACUGUAUGAUGACCUCACUGUUGAGUUCCGCAACCUCGAAGAUGAAGCACGGUGACAGACUAUAUAAGUAACGACGAUCUCUCUUCCUAUUUACUUGUCAAGCUGUGGGUUUCAUAAGCAGCCUCAUUUUUUCUCCUAUGUAGCAUUAUGGCAUGAUCCAUGUUAGUGACCAAAAAAGUUUUGAUAUUUGUAAUAACAUUACUUAAUAUGUCUGUCCUUUGUUGUCUAAUGUAAUAAUCAACGAGUGUCUAUCUUAUAAGUUCUCUUAUAAUAAAAGGUGGAUGUAUAAAUCUACAAACCAUUAUGUUAAUCCA